AUGCUCAAGAAGAUAAGCAUUUGCCUUGCUUGGUUCAUCCACCGGGCAUUGAACAACAGGAGCAAACGGUUCCUCGCGCUCCCUCGUAUCGAUCGGCCAUCAACUCACUAUAUGGCCGUAGUCUCAACGGCCUUCACGAGUCAGCUAGCUGACUGCCUGCAAAAAACUUUUUCACUCAGAUUACUUACUCGUACUCACCUCUUCACAUCUCCUUUUUUGGUUUGGGUUUUGGGUCUCACCUCCUGGCUUUCUUGUCUGAAAUUUGAAAUGCGUGGCCUUUCAGUUGCUAACAUCGCCGAUAAGACUGCUACUGGUCUAUCCUGGUUGUCGAUCAAGACAGAGGGCUUGACCAUCUGGGACGAAGCAGGGACAACCAGCCAACCUCGACCGACAUGGAAACCUGUAUCAGUCGACAAGCUGUCCAAGAAGCCUCGGCCGCGAUCUAGGGCAGCAUCUCCCUCAAGCGUGCCCCCAGCAUCCAAACGCAGCCUGCUCGAAAGGUUUAGCCAUUAUGUCUGCGAUGCCUGCCAAGGUUUGGGCCACACGAACAUCAAUCUCUCCGGGUUGGCACGCGGCAUUGCCUUGUCAAAGAUCUUGCACACCAAGCCUAGAAUGCCAUCUGCCACAGGCUCAGAGACCUGGCGUUGGGAAGUCCUCUGGCACGAAGUCAAGUCAUUUGUCAACAACUACUGGGAGCGCUUCUUGGACUACAUCGGGGCCAAGCUCUCUGGAUUCAAAUCCAUGGCUCAGUCACUCCAGAUCUCUAUCGAGUUUCGAAUGAAGUCUUGGCCAGCUUCCAGGCUCCAAUCACUCGAGACCCUGCCGUACGAGCUUCCAGAGAAAAUCCUCCGCUGCUUGGACUACAUUGUGACCAAUCUCUUUGGAUUCGAAUCCAUGGCUCAGUCAUCCCAGAUCUCUGAUAACGAGUCUCUCAUCAAGCCCAGGGCAACUUCAACGCUCGGAUCACUCGAGGCCCUGCCGUACGAGCUUCGAGAUAAUAUCCUCCGCUGCAUUCCCGACUUUACCGACCUCAUGUCUCUCGUGCAAGCAUCACCCGUCUUUCUUCGAAUGUAUCUCGAGAACAAGAAGUCUCUGCUUGCUGGGCAUCUCAAGAUGUCACUGGACACUGGCGUCAUGACCGAUGCCCUGGCUCUUCAGAAAGCUUCUACACUACGAGUUGACAAGUCUGUCGAUAGAGACAAAGUUCAAGAGCAGUUGAAUAACUACAAGAAUUUACGCGACCGUGAUGGAUCCACAAUCGGGAAGCCCAUUGACGGCUACAGCGAAGAUGCUGUUCUUGGAAUGUUCUUGUUUUGGCACACUUAUGCUCGUCCACUGACUGUGCAUUUUGCACGCCUCUUUCUUUGCAGGUUUGACCCCCAGCGGCCGCCCAUCUUUACCCAUCUGUCGCCCACGGAGAACACCCGUCUUUUGAGGGCACUCUACCGUUUUGAGCUCUACAGCUGCUUGUUUGGCGGCGAGUCACGCCACUUGCAGCUCAACUACAAGGAGGAAGAGGUGCUUAAGCAUUUCUUUUGUCUCUUCCGGCCGUGGGAGGUCGAAGAGAUCUUCUCCGUGUACACCUUGGUCCAUGACGAGAUGACGACUCGCCUCCGGAUGAUGGAGAAGAACUUGUUUCAUGCCGUCACAAAUGAAUUCGCCUUGGCUGGCGGUGCUGCUUCCUGGGGCCUACGAGGAUUUAACUCGGCUCUGGGAGACGUUAACUUUUAUAGCAUGAUCACGAUACGACCAGGCAAUCAGUGGACUCCGGGGUAUGGAUUCAUGGAAAACGUCCUCGGCCAAGGUCCUCAGCGAUUGAGACGUCGUAGUGGCAUCACAGAGCAUGACCUCGCCCAGGAUAGGGGAGAUCCUCUCCCUUAUGUUGGUGAGUCAGAGAGCGAGCCUCCCUAUGGUUGGGUCCUGGUGUGCAACGGGAAGUACCUCAAUGCCUACGGGGGUGAUGUGCGGAAGCCUAGCCCCCGUGACUGGGGAUAUGUCUUCUGGGAUAGAUGGCGCCUGAUCGAAUUCAAAGGUGAUAGGAAGCUGAAAUCUACGUCAUGGGUGCCUGGUGCUGGAGUUUGA